AACUACUUUGAGAGUUGAGUUUUGUUUUCAAACCGCAUGCUUGCUUUUGUUUUGAUUAGUAGUAUUUCGUUUGUGAAACAGUAAAAUUAUGUGAAUACAUAUUUGUACUCAUACUGUUAAUCGUGACUAAGCUAAAGUGAUGUCCAGUUCAAGAAAGCCCAAAAACUUUUCUUGGGUUGAUGAUGAAAAACUGGCUGCUUUUGGAUGUCCGUCAUCUCCAGAAAAUGUCAGAUACUUACUUGAAAAUAAUAUUAAUUACUUAGUUACUCUUUCACCUGAAAUGUCUCCUCCUGUUUUUCUUUUUGCUGAUAUAAACUGGGUUGAAAUCAGAGUCAGAGAAUUUCAUCCACCCAAUAACCAUCAGAUUGAGACUUUUAUAAAUACCUGUGAAAAAGCUUUUAGUGACAAAAAGGCUGUUGGUGUUCACUGUCGAAUGGGAAGAGGAAGAACAGGAGUAAUGGCUGCAUGCUACUUGGUUAGAUUUAAAAAUAUGAAGCCUGUGAAUGCGAUUGAAUUGAUAAGGAACAAUAGACCUGGAUCCAUAGAAACCUAUUCUCAAGAAGAAGCUGUUAUGGAUUAUUUUUGGUCUCUUUGUAAGCAAAACCAAAAGAACUAAAUUUUAGGUGCUGAUUUUGGUCACAUUAUUAUUAUUAUUUUUUUUUUCAUUUUAACCUAGUCUAAUGGUUUUAAGUAAAACUACUGUGAUAUCUAUUUAUUUAUGAUAUUGGAUUUUUUUAAUAAAAAUUAGAGUAAAAUGUAGAAGAAUCUCAUAGAUUUUCAAAAGCAUAGAAUAUAUCUUAGAACUUUAAAUCGUUAUUUUUUUUAAAUCUUAUUAGUAUAAUAAUUUGAAAGUUACAUUUUUACUAAUAAAAAUAUUGUUAUCAAAAAAAGAAUUUAUGGAAACAAAACUUUCUAGAUAAUUGCGAUUUCGCAUGUAUUUUGUUUCUUUGCUUAGUGAUGAAUAUCUGAUCUUCGAAAUAUCGAGAAUGCUAUAAAUAAGUAAUAAUUAUUUAAAUUCUGCAUUUGCUAUAAAGUUAUUCAUUUGUAUCUGUAGAAUGUAACAUUUGGAUACAUCGGUUUAAAUCUUUGAAAAUUUUGCAAAUUAAUUUUAUGAGCAGGGCCCGCGCUAAGGACUUUAAAUAUUAGUCGAGUAUGGAAAGUAAUAGCCAAAUUUCAAAAGUCUUAACCAAAGGCAAUUCUUAAAAAUUUUUUAUGAUUAAUUUUUUCUUUUAGAAAACGUCAAACCGAAAUACAUAUUUUUUAUAAAUUGAAUUAUUUUAUGAAAUUCAAAUCAAGAGUCAUUUUACAGUUAGGGAGGGGUAAAUGAGCACUAAAUCAAAGAGAGGAUGAAAAAUAUAGAUGUUUUUUUUUUUUUUUCAUCUUUGAGGAAAAGAAAUAGGAAAAAGUUAGUUGUUGAUAACUUCUUAGACUAGAGUAGUUAUAAGGAUAAACCUGAAGCAACAUUUAAUGUUUUUUUAGAUUCCGACAAUCUUUUAAAUAAAUAUAUUUCCUUUUAAAUAAAACGUUUCUUUUUUUUUAUUUCUCUUAUUAGUUAAUAAAAGAGUUUUUACUGUCUCACUUCUUUCUUAGUGUCGCAAUCAUAAGCAUUGAGAAGAAAUUAUUUAAAUAAGUUACUUAAUUCUAUUUUAUUAGAAUCAAAAUUUGGGCAGGUGUUUAGCACGUUCAUUGCCUGCCAGAUGCAGGCAGCCAAAUACUACAUCUAAAAAGAAAAAUCAAAGUUAAGUUUUCUUGUUUUAGCAACCAAUUUAGUUUUUAAAUUUUACAAUAAGUUUAUUUCAAUAAACAAUAUGUUAUGCUUCAGAGAAGACAUAUUUUCUGGAAAUAGUUGGAUGAUAAUGUGUAUCUUGCUUACUGUUUUAUUAACUCAAAUUGUAGGAAAGAAUUUCAUAACGUGAUAUUGCGUGAUUUGGUAACGAACAUGUUAAUUGGUAUUAUAUGGUAGUUUGUUUUAUGCUUCCAUAAUCUGUCUUGUUGCUUACAUUAUCUGGAUUUAGCAAAAUUCUAGCUGGUUAUGCGAUACAUCUAAUGAAAAUUACUGUAAUUGAAUUUAAAAAAAACAGGAUUUGUUCUGAAAAAUUCCUUCAACGUAGUUUUCUGGACAGAGGGUAUAUGUUUCUCUUCAGUAGAAAGAUUCGUUCGCCAAUGCUUUCACAACACAAUUUGAUUUAUUUCGCCUAAUUUACGAUUUUAUUGCAUUUGGGGCGGUGGCGAAUGCUUAGCGUGGGACCUAAUUGAUUUCUGAAAUAUUGUUAUUUAUUUUUAGCUCGAUUCUGUGUGUCAAUUGUUGUGAUAUUUUGGAUUGUUUACCACAUUAGUUUAUGAAUAAUAAAAGUUUAGUAUGGAUUCUUUGAAAAAUAUUUAAAUUUAUGUUACUUUUACCCUUAGAGCUUUUGUAUUUACAUAACAUUUAAAAAUGAAUGACUUGUUUUUCAAUCUUUUCCAUUGUAAAUUGAUUUUUAUAUUUAUUCACAUUAACUUGUUAAAUGAUGUAUUUUAGAUUUUAAUUAAAUUGUGUGUCAUUGAUUUAAUUAUAAAUAUGCUUUAUUUUUAUUUGCAAUUAAAUUUGAAAAUAUAUUUGAACUGAUAAAAAUUCUUGUGCUAAGAUAUUGUAUGAUCUACUGCAUUUAUUUAUUUUAAAUUUUUACUUUUCUUAUUAACUUACAAGAAUUCUAGAUUUGAUGCUUAAAAAAGCCUAAAAUUUUGAAUCUGAUCUGUUAUUGAAAUAUAACAAACCAACAAUGAACCUUGUGUUCAUUGAAAUCUAACCUUGUAUUCAUUGAAAUAUAACAAACCAACAAAUGCUGUUGUUGAUCUUAGAACUUGUUAAUAUAUUCAUAUAGUUAUAUAUUUUGUUGAAUGAUAAAUUUUAAAAUUUAAUUGUUGUUAAUUUAAAUUUUAGCAAUAAAAGUGCAUUUACAUCAUUAUUGAAGAUCUGAUUCUUUUCAUAAGUAGGUAAUCAACACAUUUUUGUACACUGUUCAUUUAAAAAUUGGUUUAUAAAAAAGUGAUUUAGAAGAAACUUAAACUUUACAUGUUUAAAGACUGUUAUAAAGUUUGCAGUGAUACAAUUUUUAGUUUUUAUUUAAAAUAAUAUUUUGAAAAUAUUUAUUAAUAAAAAACUAGCUGAAAACAUUUUAAAUCUUUUUAACCCUUCUUUCUGACUCUAAUCAAAAUGGUGAAGAAAGUCUUGCUGAUGUUUCGGAAGCUCGUGAUAUUUCCAUUCUGAAGUGGUCAAAAGUAACGCUUCACGAGAUUAAAAUAAUCUACUAAUUAUGCCUGGAAUCACAUUUAUUUCUCAAUCUACAAACCGGAUGGCAGUACUAGCCUAUUUGUUGUGAGUUUAGAGAUAGUUUAUUUAAAACUAGAUGUCAGCACUUAUCAAACGAUUAAGCAAAAAAUAGAAAAUGAAUACAAAUAUUGUACAGGCACUUAGCAUUAUAUAAUCUUCAUGAAUAAAAAAAUUAGUCAUUUUUCUUUAAAAUUGUGUGAUUAUUAAGGGUAUAACUUUCUUUUGAAAUUAUAUAUUAAAAAUUCUAAUGCAUUAUUUCAAGUUUUCAGUUCUUGAGAUCAUAAGCAGUUUUUCAUUUUCUGUUAAACAUAGCUGAGUCACCAUAAUUAUUUUUUUCUUGUUUUGAUUUUAUACCAAAAUUAAGUAUAUAAUUCCAUUUGAUUUACUUAUCUUUAAUAUUUAUCUAUCUUAUAUUUACUUUUGGUGUAGUACAGCUGUAACUUACAUUUUAAAUAUACCUGUUGAUAAAAAUUAAAAAGUUUUUUUAUUGUAAUCCAGGUACACAUUCGAGUUAUUUUGCAAAACUGAAUAUUGAUAUUUUCUGUAAUUAUUAUUCCUGAAUUUUAAAUAAUUUGUUUUGAUUUGAUUUUUUGUUGCAGACACAAGUGGAGUUUUUAAAUGUUAACAUUGUUACAUCCGUACAAUAUAUUAUAUAUUUGUAUGUAGAUAUCCACAUGUUUACUGUUUAGAACAAAUCAGUUUUAGAUAAAAAUCACUAAAAUAAUUACGCAAGAUAUACUUACAGUUAAUGUCUUCAUAUAUUUGUUCAUAUGUUUUUACAAUUUGUAAUGCAUAGAGUAAACAUUUUACAAUAUUCAACAAUCAAUUUUCACAUGUAAAAUUUGUAACAUCCAACAUUUUAAGCACCAUACAAAAAUUUGUAUUUAUACAAUAUUAAACUGGUAUUUUCUACUUUAA